UGAUCGAAAAAAAAAAGUUUCAUUCAUACAAGUCAAAAGUUGAGUUGAGAACUAGGGAGGAAGAUUGUGCUUGUAUCCGUUAUCCGGUGCCGCCGGGUGCGAAACCGGUGAAAAAUUUUUAAUAUGGGGAGAAUUUGCAAACGAUAAAAAUGGAAUACAAUUAACGAGGAUUAAUUAUUGUGUUGUGGCAGCAAUUUAAAUCAGUGUUUUUUAUUUGUGUGUGUGAAUAAUGCCUUUUCGUAAGUGGUCUGUGGAACCGGUGUUCCUUAGCAGAAAACCUCUACCACCGGAUAAAAAAAGGGAAUUAUGUGAUUUUGAUAGAACCGCAAAUUUGACAUUUGCAAGUGUUCUACGGCAGUUGGCUUCUGUUGCCAAAAUAGCGGAUAAAAUGUUUGUUGAAAUAGCUUGUGAAUGUCGUCUGCUGGGUGAAAGGACGGAAAAAUUGAAGGAAAAGUUAUCUACCUGUCAAAACGUUGUGGAUAAUUUAAAUGCUCGAGCUGUCAUAGUUCCUCAAUCUGACCUCAGCGAGACAGCGAAGAGACUUCGAACAGAGAAACCUUACGGGACCAAGUAUGAGCAGACGACGCAAUUAUUCCUCCCCUCCACUCGUCCCCCCUGCAUAGACAGCCUGUACCAAGAAGCGUGUACCAGUCCAGUGGCCGUCAUGUGUACCAUUGACCAGUACAGGACGGACGGACUUUCGGCCUCCGAACUCUUCAUGGUCACUCCCGUCUUGGGAGGGACAAGAAAGAAAAAACGGAAGCUUCUGGACAUCGAAACAAGAAAGCCUGCCAACUUUUCUCUUGUGAAAACAAAACAAGAUCGUAUACAGUCUGGUAGUGCUUCUCUUCCUCCUAUGGUGUCUCCAUCUAUGGGCUUCACUCUUAAACAAAAUGAAAACUUAGAAUUGGAGCGACUGCCAUCUCCUGAAGAACAAGCGAUGCUCGUUUCGCUUGAAUAUCCGUCCAUGGUAGUUCCUGUUGAUACAUCUGGAAAAACAUUCAACCGAAUGUCUUUGCUUAGAAGAUCCUUAAUUCAUGCUGAUUUCGUUAUCAAGCGGAAAAAGAGCAAAAAACGAUCGAAAAGACGUCACACAUUCUGCGAAGGUGACAAUCGUGAAAUCGAGAGAGCUUUGCGCAAUGUCACUAACACGUCUUGCCAGACCGAUGACUUGAUGGACAUUGGUUCGGACUCUUCCUCGGCCACCCUCAUACGACGUCCAUCUUUCUUGACCAAGAGGCGGUCUCGAUCUGUCCAGGACAACUCUAGGAGAAAGACAAAUGCCCUGGAUGAUUUGGAUCUGGACUCACUCAAGAAUUUGGAUUCCAAAGAUUCGGCGACAGAAGAUGAUAAAGAGAAAUCGCCCUGUAAGUCCAACCCGGCCACCCUCAAAAAAUCCAAGUCUUCCUCCCUUCGCUCCAGAGCUUACAAUUUCAAUCCUAUCUCCAGCCUCUCAGCUGCUAUAUCCAUAGCCGCUGUCAAGAUGAGGAAUUCCUCCAGGAAACAGGACGAUGGUCGAUCUUCCAGUGGAAACUGGAGUGCCAGCAGCAGCACUCGGGCAUCUGUGGAUUCGGACCACCAUCAAGCAGCCUCUCCAGUGGACGGCAUCAGUAGUCCCUCUCGAAAUUCGGUGGGCAAGGAUUCUGUACUGUCGGACACUACUCACCAGGAUCCGCACAAUAGAUCCAGAGAUGAUAUUUUGCCAAUACAGUCUUUGACUUGCUCACCAGUAAAGCCCAGAAAAUAUCUAGGUGGAUGGGAGGCACAAAAUGGAAGAAUUUCCAGCACACCAACCCCCGACCACACCUCCCAGUGUUCCUCAAGUACUCCAUUGGUGCGGUCUCCUUACGUAGGACGCCGUGGCAUCAACGACGACGGGGACUCAUCCGUCUACUCAGUAGACACGGAUGGUUACUACACAUCCAUGCACACGGACAGUGGGCUGUGGACCAGUGCAAUCCCCACUUUGAAAUCUGAAGACAUCAUCGCUGAAAUGGCGAGAUUUAGAGAACGCCAAGAAUCUCAAAGUUCUGUGAGCACAGUUGAUAACAGUAGCAUCAACAGCUUUCUGUCUAAAUCGGCCACGGAAUGUUCAUCGAACAGUGGUAGCUUAAAGAGAGAAUCAGUAGAAAAGCUGCCACUGCCGACUGCCGAUAAGGAACAAAAUUCUAAACUGUGCCCGAUGAAGUUGGAACAAGAUUUGGAAGACAGCGACAAGUCGUACUCGCCUCAGCCUCAGAACGGAUCUACAUCAGAGUCAGAUCAUGAAGUGGGGGACCGGAUUCGAGAAAAAACGGCCAUCAGCGCGAAUCGAUAUCCUUCCAUGUGUGCUGUGUCACCAGAAACGAGUGAUGAUGAGAAUUCAGAAAUGAAAACGAAAACGAUGAAUUCGAAAGUGAACGUCAUUGUGGCUGAAGUACAUCGGGAAGACAACCGUCAUGAUUAUUCCAAAGCUCCAAACCAAAAUAAGACAGAUUUCAAGACUGAAACGCCUCAUUUACCUCAAAAUAGUUCCUUUGCCCCCUCCUGGUCAUCUAACUCGUCUACAUCUAUAAAUAUGUAUAGAAGUGAAACUCCUGUUCCUUCAACUUUUUCUUCAACCAUAUGUCAGUCCACAGCAGUCAGUACUUCUACACCUCGUUCUGGCGUAAACAUCACGACUUUUUCACCAGAUUUUAAUGACUCUGUCAGUCCACAACCUAAACAUAAUCCUAAUGAUUUUGGAAAUAUUAGUAAACAAUCGCCCGUUAGGUUUAACAAUAGUGAAGAGCUGAUAGUUACCGAGCCCCCAACCUCUCCACUUGUCAAAAACAAAUCCCUGAUUCCGCUUAAGUAUGCUCAAAGGAUCACCGUGACCCCCAUUGCUCGGAAAGAUUAUACCCCGGCUGGUACCGGAGUAACAGGGAGACCAGCUCCUUUGCAAUAUUCAGGUAAAGAAUUACAUUCACCCAAAAUUGAAAAAACAUUUAGUAGAAACCAAACUAAAAGCGAUGGAGCAUCAACUUAUGUUUCUUUUAAAGCUCCUGACUCUCCAGCAUCAUCUGUUAUCAGCGUUGUAUCUUCUAAUUCUGAUAAGCCAUUAGUAUCUAGCCCAACAAAUUCCCUUCAACGUCCCGUAGCCAGGGUAACUUUAGAUCCCACUGGAAAAGUCGUUUAUUCUUCCAAUUCUCUUGAAAGACCUGUCAGUAAUAGAGUCAGCCAAACAAGUGAGGCUUCACCCAGAGUUUAUGCAACCAUGCCAAAACAACAAAGUAAUAACCAUAUCAAUAAACCAAAAGAAAUUUCAAGUGUUGAUGGAAACGGGCAGGCUGCUUCAAUAAAUAAAGUUGAAAGUUCUGUUCCCUAUCAUCAAGAUAAUAAUCCAACUUCAAGCUUCUCUUCUUUCAAAUCCAAUAAUUCGAAAGAUUUUACUUUCAGGCCUUCUAGAGGUGGAAGAUUUUGCCGGUCAUACUUCCCUUCGCACCUCAUUUCAGCUAAUUCUUCCAGAGGAGGAGGACAUCAACAAGCUUCAAACAGAGCACCAUAUUCGCCAGCUGCGUCAACUUUGCAAGAAAACAAUUCUUCUCAUACAUUACAAAAGCCCCUUGAUGGCUCUACUGCACAAAAUCAUCCUAGGUUGUGUCCAGAACUAUCUAAUCACUCAGCUUCGAGGCCUACUUCUUUUAAUCACGCCAGUUCAGUGCCAAACACUCAGAGGUCUGUCAUGAAUAACCCAAACCAACACAAUACAACGACUAAUUCAGGUAUAUGGCCAAACAGGAACUAUUUCUCUCCAAUCAACAAUAGAGAACCCAGCCUACAGAAGCAGUCUCCCACAGAAUCUUACGCCUCAACUCAUAUUACGCCCUAUUCACCAAAUCGCACUUCACUUAGCCCUCCAGAUUUAAUACCAUCUGGUGAAUCUCCACCAUCAACAUUAGACAUUACUUCACCUGCCAUGAGUAAGAGACUGAUUCCUGAACCCAAAUCGCCUCUGACUUUGACUCCUCCAACAAAGGAGAACCUAAAGUCUUUAUCUGCCAAUGAACUUUUCGCAAUUAUCCAUAAUUCCAAAAAGAAACUUAAUAUAAAGACUGAUUCAGAUAAAUCUAUGUCCCCCAUGUCUUCGAGAUCUGUGUCGCCAGCCUUGAGCCAAAGUUCUCUCUCCAGGUUGCAGCCUGUAGAGACAGGAAUUCUCUCAAGGCGAACUGACGUCAACUCUCCGAACGUGUGCAAUAGCAUGUCUUCCCCUGCAACUAAAAGACUGAAUGCUCUAGAGAAACCGGCAACCAAACCAACCAGUAUGCGGGACUUUAAAAUGCUGCUCUUGCAAGCUAGAACAGGGAGCACGAAUGGCAAUUCCCGGCCAUCUGCAGCCGAAUUGCUUAAGGUAUCACCGCCAAAAAACUCGCCAGGAUUAUCGAAUAUCAGCUAUAAAUCACCCACGCCUUCACCUUUAAAAACGCCAAGCAACUCAUUUAUUUCUUCUAAUCCUAAUUACUCUCCGGGACAUGGAACUGUGCCUACAAAAAGGAUUAUGAGGACUAGGUCGCCUUAUUUAUCUCGUUAUGAUUCGGCAUAUCCACCGAUUAUCGAAGAUUGUUCAGAAGAAACUGAGUCCUAUGAUGUUGUGAGUGAGUGCCUUAAUUCAAGUCCAAAGUACUAUUCUACAAGCAGUCAUGAUACUAUUACUAAACCCUCACCUGCAAAAGCUACUAGUACAUGGGUUUAGUAAUGAUGUAAAUAUAUUUUUAGAGAUAGAUUCUAUGAAUUGUAUUAAUUUAUUAGUUUGUUUUCAUACUAACAUAGUUUUUUUUUAAUUUUUUUUUCUGUGAAUCUUAUGGUUGUCUUGGGAAAAUUUUGCAAUAAUUUGUUGUGGGAAUAUGAGCUAGAUAUUUUUGCGGUGAUUCAUUUGCUUUUCGGUACUAUUUUCAUUGCAAAAAUGAUAGUUCAUUAGCCUAUGGGUAAAUUCACCAUUUAUGAUUCUCGUAUUUGCAGACUUUAAAAUCAUAGAAUACAGUUAAAAAAUUUCAGCAAUUCUGAUAAUUUUUGUGAAAAUAAGUAAAUUAGUCUAAUUGGUGUCAUAAGCACUUACUCCAAUAUUUAGCAAGUUUCAUUAGCUUAAAAAAACUUAAUAAACUAGAAACUGGGUGUUACGGACGCAACACAAUAUGUUACGUCUAUAACAGCAUAUUUUUAAUUUUUUUUAAAAAAUUUUAUAUAUAAAAGUAUUUGGAGUGAGUAUAAAUUAUACCAAGACUUACUUUCGCAAAAAUUAUUAGAACACUCUCGGAAAUAAAACGCUCACUUUUGACAAUUCAGUAAUCCUUGAGCUGUAUUUCGUUAAUUUUGAGAAUCAUUUCGUCACGAAAUCACGUGAUUUGUGACGAAACGAGGAUUCUUAAAUAUACUACGCAAAUGUUUUCUGAACUCGGAACUUCAUCGCCUUGGGUAAUUGUUAACUAGACGAUCGAAACUAGAAUGACGAAAUAUUUCUUUUCUUUUGACGAAAUUCGUUCCCUCUAAGAAGUGACGUUUGUUAUUUCGUCACUUUGACGAAAUAUUCGCUCGGAGCAUGUACCAGGAAACGGUUUUGUCGAAAAACGGAGAAAGUUUCGUGAAAUUUGGGUAUCCAUUUUUUACAGCGAACAGCACGAAUUUUAUAAUUGUGCUAUAAAACUUUAAAAGUGAAAAUACGACAUUCGUAAAUGGUGGAAUUGCUCUGAUGUUGUGAGUUUUUUUUCUUUCUUUUCUCCUCAGAUGACGUUAUUGGAUUCAUUUUUUGCUUUUCAUAAUUUUCACUUAAACCAUUAACUAAGCUAUAGUAAGUACAGUAGAACCUCGCUAAUCCGAACUAAUUGGGAUCUUUGCCUUAAAGUUUUUAAUUUCACAGUCGUUUGGCAAAUUUGUACAAAAUAUUUUUUUUGUCAAGCACAGAUGAAAUAACAUAUAUCUAUUUUAGAAAUCUUUCAGAUUGAUUGUACCAUUCAAAGAUUUUUAACUGCAUAACAAAUCAAAAUAGACUGAUUUUAUAUGAUGUUAUAAUCUUUAAAAACGAAGACUGGUUAUUUCGAUAACUCAAAACAUAGUCACGAACUAUUUUUUAUAGAAAAUGUUUACACUAGUUUGAAUGUCUAAUAAACGAAAGCUUUUUGCCCAACUCAAUGCCUUAAAACAAUUGUUAAAUGAAUUUUUGUAUUUAAUUAUUAUGUCAUUGGAUUGGCCUUAAGGUAUUUUAAACAAAGUUAUAUACAUGUUUGAUGAGUAAUUCAUACUUUUAGAAUUACAAAAAAAUCAGACUGAACCAUGCUUGCCAACUUUUGCUAUUAACGAGACUGAUUUUAUAAAGUGGUAGUGAACGGGAAUUGAAUUAAAGAAUUUAAAAACAAACAAACAAGGUCUUAGACAGAUCACUCAACAACUACAUAUAAGACUUUUAUGUAUGUGCUGUUUUUCGAAAGCUCCAUCAUCAUAUGAAAUUAUGCAUUUUUUUGCAAAUAAUAUGCUACUUUUAUAACUGCUGUGAGUUUGCAACUGUUAGGUCGAGUUUAGUCUAUCUAAAGCCAGCGAUGUCUAUGCUCAUCGGGAAAAUGGCGCAAAACGUCAAUAUGGAGAAAAAAAAUUUAUUCAAAAACUUACUACAAUGGUGCAUUAUCUGCCAAAUUGGCGAUUUUUAAAAAUGUUUAAUAACUUUUAUAAUAGUUAAGUUAUUUGUCUGUACUAAAGCACAUAUAAUUCUUCACGGCAAGAUUAUAUAUAUACAUAAUUUAAAAUCAUCGCAUUGUUUCAAGCGUAAGGCACUAAAACUAUGGCGUUUUUAUUUUCCUUGGCGACAAAGCUUCGAAAAACAGCGCUAAAAAAGACGGCCUGAAUACGUCAAAACCUGUUUGACUGCUGUAGAAAAGGGCAUAAAGUUAAAGCAGUAAAAUCAGGCAAUAAAACUGGUUUUGAUUUUUUUUUUUAUCUUGAGCUUAGAACUCAACAGAUUUCAAUAACUUUCUGUGCUUCCCUCCUCUAAAUACUAAUUUGUGACAUCUAACUUCUUUACUUUUUUUACUUCAUUUUUGAAAGAAGAAUCUAAAUAUAUAUGUUAAGAGCGGUCGUUGCAAGAUACCCUGUAAAUCGAAAAACUUGUCAGAAAACAUAUUAAGGAAAUUAUAGCUAAAUAAACCUUGUAUAAUUUUGCAAUGUAAUAUUUUUAAAAACAGUAUUUAGAACUUGAUUAUUGUGUUGAAGGUUUUGAAUGCAUUUACAUUCCUUAUUUAUUUUGUGCUUAAUAAAUAUUAUUAAAAAAAUUAA